AUGAUUCAAAUUACAUUAAAAUUUACUCUGCUAAAUAGUGAAUAAUCAGAUGAUUUGGACAACUUAUGUCCCCUUUUUCUUCCUGUAGGUAUUUAUGAGCCUCCAUUUCUUGUACUACUGCAGUGAACCUACCUUGGAUGUGAAAAUUGCCUUUUGUCAGGGAUUUGAUAAACAAGUGGAUGUGUCAUAUAUUGCCAAACAUUACAACAUGAGCAAAAGCAAAGUUGACAACCAGUUCUACAGUGUGGAAGUGGGAGACUCAACCUUCACAGUUCUCAAGCGCUACCAGAAUCUAAAGCCUAUUGGCUCUGGGGCUCAGGGAAUAGUUUGUGCUGCGUACGAUGCUGUCCUUGACAGAAAUGUGGCCAUUAAGAAGCUCAGCAGACCUUUUCAGAACCAAACACAUGCCAAGAGAGCUUACCGGGAGCUGGUCCUCAUGAAAUGUGUAAACCAUAAAAAUAUUAUUAGUUUAUUAAAUGUUUUCACACCCCAGAAGACACUGGAGGAGUUCCAAGAUGUUUACUUAGUAAUGGAACUGAUGGAUGCCAACUUGUGCCAGGUGAUUCAGAUGGAAUUAGACCACGAGCGAAUGUCUUACCUGCUAUACCAAAUGCUGUGUGGCAUCAAGCACCUUCACUCUGCUGGAAUUAUUCACAGGGAUUUAAAACCAAGUAACAUUGUAGUCAAGUCUGAUUGCACGUUGAAAAUCCUCGACUUUGGACUAGCCAGGACAGCAGGCACAAGCUUCAUGAUGACUCCUUAUGUGGUGACGCGCUAUUACAGAGCCCCCGAGGUCAUUCUGGGAAUGGGCUACAAGGAGAACGUGGAUAUAUGGUCUGUGGGAUGCAUUAUGGGAGAAAUGGUUCGCCACAAAAUCCUCUUUCCAGGAAGGGAUUAUAUUGACCAGUGGAAUAAGGUAAUUGAGCAACUAGGAACGCCAUGCCCAGAAUUCAUGAAGAAAUUGCAACCCACAGUGAGAAACUAUGUUGAAAAUCGGCCCAAGUAUGCAGGACUCACCUUCCCCAAGCUCUUUCCAGAUUCCCUCUUCCCAGCGGACUCUGAGCACAAUAAACUCAAAGCCAGCCAAGCCAGGGACUUGUUGUCAAAGAUGCUAGUGAUUGAUCCAGCAAAAAGGAUAUCAGUGGAUGACGCCUUACAGCACCCGUACAUCAAUGUCUGGUACGACCCUGCUGAAGUGGAGGCGCCUCCGCCUCAGAUAUAUGACAAACAGUUGGAUGAAAGAGAACACACCAUUGAAGAAUGGAAAGAACUAAUCUACAAGGAAGUAAUGAAUUCAGAAGAAAAGACGAAAAAUGGUGUAGUAAAAGGACAGCCUUCUCCUUCAGGUGCAGCAGUGAACAGCAGUGAGAGUCUCCCUCCAUCCUCAUCCGUCAACGACAUCUCCUCCAUGUCCACCGACCAGACCCUGGCGUCUGACACUGACAGCAGCCUGGAAGCCUCGGCAGGACCCCUGGGUUGUUGCAGGUGACUAGCCGCCUGCCUGCGAAACCCAGCGUUCUUCAGGAGAUGAUGCGAUGGAACACACACACACACACAUGCACGCACACACGCAGACACACAUGCACACACACAAAUGUAGACAUGCAAUGACAAGAAAAUGGCAAUGGAGAGAAUCAAAGCCUAAAAUCAAAACAAAUCUUUUAGCCUGCUUCUUCUCCAGAGUUCUGUAUUGCAGCUAAGCUCAAAUGUAUAUUUAACUUCUAGUUGCUCUUGCUUUGGUCUUUCUCCAACGAUGCUUACUACAGAAAGCAAAUCAAACACAAUUAGAGAAACCUUUUUCAUAAAGUGUAAAUUUAAUGGCUGCAAAACCAGUAACCUGUAACCGCCCUCUCAAAUGGCAUGACAAGGGUGCAAUGGCCCCAUCCAGCAUGUGUGUGUCUCUGUCUUGCAUCUACCUGCUCCUUUUGGCCUCGUCAGAUGGACGUAGAUACAGAUCCGCACGUGUCUGUAUUCAUACAGCACUGCUUCCUUAGAGAUGCUGCUGUCAGUGUCCUCAGGGCUGUACCGAGACACCAUGCACUGGGGUACCACGUGGUCCGUUUCAUGUUGAUCUAUUACUCUGACAUAGACCCAUCUGUAAUAUUGCCAGUAUAUAAGCUGUUUAGUUUGUUAAUUGAUUAAGCUGUAUGUCUUACAAGAAAACAUGUAAAGGGGGAAACGAUGGGGGGAUGUGAGCUCUCUCGGACCCUUGAAGAUGUAGCUUCCAAAUUUGAACUGAUUAAAUGGCACCUGUAUACCAA